ACCAGCUCAUGUUGCGAUAUCUUAGGAAGCGUUCUCAUUUAUUUAAAGUAGGCAUAUUACCUAGCUCGGAUAUAAAUUAACUGAAGACAUGGCAAUCCUGUUGUACGUCACCAUAACGCUAGCGUGUACAGUCUACGUGCACGCGCAGAGCAAGUACUGCUGCACGCCCCAGCAGUGGGAGUCCGUCAACAUGUUGAUCGACGGCCGCGACACCGCUGGAAACGCAACCAAACCACUCCUCACACAGGGUUAUGAGCAAGUGUCCGUGGACGGAGUGAACCACAAGAUUGCCUCCCUGUCCACCCUUACCACUUCCUCCGGCUUCAAUAUCACUGUUCAGGUCAUACAGCUCUACGACAAGGGGAUCAUGUACACGGUGGAGGACGGGGAAUGCAAGCACUCGGCCCUGCCCGCCUGGACGCCCAGAUGUGUGCCAGACGACGCAAAGCUGUUAACGAAGUACUCGCUGGGCCAGGGUAGCGUACACGUAGACGUUGACGUGUACAGCGUCACGGUGGGGCCCAACACUGUCUUCCUGAACAUUGCCAGCGCCGACUGUACGCCCAUCUACCAGACUGCAUAUGGCUCCGCUGCCGGAGUGUCUGCGCUAUCCAUGAAGACAUACAGCAACUUUACUCUGGGUAUCAAGGAUCCGAUUGUGUUUAACGUCCCUAGCAUAUGCAACAACGCCACCUAUCUACAAAAGCUUCCUCACUUGCACCCACUACAUUGAGUUUGGGACAUUCGCUACAGUCAAGGAGAGAAUACAACAGAUUCCUUUUAAUUACGAGUGAUUUAUUUCGAACAAGGUUUCAAUGAAAGUGAUUAUAAUUUUAGAAUAAAUUUCUACCUUUCU